AUGGAGGCGCCCGUCAACGAGUGGCAGCAGCUGCACCGCCAGCUGCAGGCGUCAGACCUCGUCGCGCUGCUGGAGGGCGACGACUUCCUGGCCACGCCGCCAGAGGGCCCCGAGGGCGUUACCGUGCUGUCGGACGCGGUCGCGCGGCGCCGGCGGCAGGCGGCCGCGGCGGAGGCGGCGGCGGCGGGGGCGUUUGGGGGGGAGGACGAGGACGACAGCCUGGUGGAGGGUGGCGGCGGCGACGGCUGGCUGCCGGAGCCGUGA